CGCAAACCCACACCUAUAAUAAUGGUACAAACUUCCAAACCUCCCAGUUCCAUGGACCACUGUACAUCUGCCUCACCUGCAACAACUAUUCCCCUAUCAUUGUGUAAAGUUUGCCAUGCUGAGUUGGGUUGUUUGUCCUUUCAGAUGUCGGUGACGUUUGAGGACGUCGCUAUGUAUUUCUCCCCAGCAGAAUGGGCGCUGCUGGGCAAGGAGCAAAAGCAACUUUACAGACACGUCAUGUGGGAAAAUUACCAGACUCUGGUCUCGUUAGGAAUCCAAACCCCCAAGCCAGUGGUGAUCUCCAGCAUAGAGCAAGGGGAAGAUCUGUGUGUGCUGGGUCCUACAGAAGAUGAAGAUGGGGACAUCCUGAGAGGAACCCACCCAGAUUUUCCAGAUGCAGACGAGACCUGGGACCGGUCAGCAAUUGAAAGCUCCUUGGGCUUCUUCCUCACACAAAGCUCUUUACCUGGAGCAGAUUUUCCAGAUGCAGAAGAGACCUGGGACUGGCCAGCAAUUGAAAGCUCCUUGGGCUUCUUCCUCACACAAGGCUCUUCCCCUGGAGCAGCAGGUGCGAGGAACCUGAACAGAGCUGAGUGGCAGACUCCUGAGGAAGGGCCUGGUAACCUGGAGCCACUCAGGCCUUUCCCAGGGACAUCAGGGAAGAACCAUUCCAAGAAAACUGAGCAGGGAGGACAGCACAAGAGUCAGGGGAGGCCACAAAGGCAGAGGAAAAAUCUGACCAGGAAGGAGCCAGCAACCUCAAGAGGCCAUCAGAGGAGAUCCAGGCCAGAUCCAAAGCCUGCAAAGGGAAAAGCGGAGUCCAGAAAGAGCUUAUAUACCUGCCGUGUGUGCAGGGAAGAAUUCAAGGUGCAGAGAGACCUGAUAAGUCACCACUCGAUGGUUCAUAAGAAACAGGAACUGUAUCACUGCAGCAAGUGUGGGGAGAGUUUUAGGAGAAAGAAGGAGCUCAGCGCACAUGGGAAAGCUCACAGAAAGAAGAGAGACCAUCCCUGUCCUGAAUGUAGGAAAAUAUUCAACCAGUUAUCACUGCUCACUGCCCACCAGAGAAUCCACACUGGAGAGAAACCAUAUCACUGUGCUGAGUGCGGAAAAAGAUUCUUAUACUUAUCAUCUUUUACCAUCCACAAGAGAAUCCACUCAGGAGAGAGACCCUAUGCCUGCACUGAGUGUGGAAAGCAAUUUAUGGAUUCGUCAGCAUUUCGUAAUCACCAGAGAAUCCACUCAGAAAAGAGACCCCAUCGCUGUAACCAAUGUGGGAAAGGCUUCAAACGUACAUCAAAUCUUACUAGGCACCAGAAAAUCCACAGCGGAGAGAAACCCUUCUUGUGCCACGAGUGUGGGAAAAAGUUCUGCCUACAAGAACAUCUGAUCAGACAUCAGAGGAUCCACACUGGGGAGCAGCCCCAUUGCUGUGCUAAGUGUGGGAAAAAAUUCAGUCUCCUUCAAAGUCUCAAGAGGCACCAGGAAAUCCAUAGCACAGGGAGACUCCAUCGCUGUGCCGAGUGUGGGAAAAUAUUCCGUCAUCUAGAAAAUCUCUCUAGACACAAGAGAGUCCACACUGGGGAACUCUAUCGCUGCACUGACUGUGGAAAAGGCUUUGUCCGUCUACAACAUCUCACUAGCCACCAAAGAAUCCACACUGGAGAGAAACCCUAUUGCUGCUCUGAGUGUGGGAAAAGUUUCACCCAAUCGUCAGGCCUCACCAACCACCUGAUAAUCCAUUCAGGAGAGCGACCCUAUCCCUGCACUCAGUGUGGGAAGUGCUUUGCUCACUCGUCAUCUCUUACUGAACAUCUGAAAAUCCAUUCAGGAGAGCGACCAUAUUCCUGCAUUCAGUGUGGGAAGCACUUUGCUCGCUCAUCAUCUCUUACUCAGCAUCAGAGAACUCACCCAGGAGAGCAACCAUAUUCCUGCGUUCAGUGUGGGAAGCGCUUUGCUCGCUCAUCACGUCUUACUAAACACCAGAGCAGCCACUGUUUGCCAGGGAUGAACUGUGUGCUAGAAUCGCUGCGGGGGGCGGGCUCGGGGCGGGACCGUCUCGUGCCCCGCGGAGCCCUGGGGGCCGAGCCCGGCCUGAGCGGAGCGAGCCCCCCGCAGGCUGCAGCCCCAGCGCCCGGCGCGAUGUCGGUGACCUUUGAGGAUGUGGCCAUGUAUUUCUCCCCAGCGGAGUGGGCACUGCUGGGCGAGGAGCAAAGGCAACUUUACAGACACGUCAUGUGGGAAAAUUACCAGACUCUGGUCUCGUUAGGAAUCAAAACGCCCAAGCCAGUGAUGAUCUCCAGCAUAGAGCAAGGGGAAGAUCUGUGUGUUCAGGGUCCCACAGAAGAUGAAGAUGGGGACAUCCUGAGAGCCACCCACCCAGAUUUUCCAGAUGCAGAAGAGACCUGGGACUGGCCAGCAAUUGAAAGCUCCUUGGGCUUCUUCCUCACACACAGCUCUUCCCCUGGAGCAGCAGGGGCAAGGAACCUGAACAGAGCUGUGGGGCAGACUCCUGAGGAAGGGCCUGGUAACCUGGAGCCACUCAGGCCUUUCCCAGGGACAUCAGGGAAGAACCAUUCCAAGAAAUCUGAGCAGGGAGGACAGCACAAGAGGCAGGGGAGGCCACAAAGGCCGAGGAAAAAUCUGACCAGGAAGGAGCCAGCAACCUCAAGAGGCCAUCAGAGGAGAUCCAGGCCAGAUCCAAAGCCUGCAAAGGGAAAAGCGGAGUCCAGAAAGAGCUUAUAUACCUGCCGUGUGUGCAGGGAAGAAUUCAAGGUGCAGAGAGACCUGAUAAGUCACCACUCGAUGGUUCAUAAGAAACAGGAACUGUAUCACUGUAGCGAGUGUGGGGAGAGUUUUAGGAGAAAGAAGGAGCUCAGCGCACAUGGGAAAGCUCACAGAAAGAAGACAGACCAUCCCUGUUCUGAAUGUGGGAAGAUAUUCAACCAGUUAUCACUGCUCACUGCCCACCAGAGAAUCCACACUGGGGAGAGACCAUAUCACUGUGCUGAGUGUGGAAAAAGAUUCUUAUACUUAUCAGCUUUUACCAUCCACAAGAGAAUCCACUCAGGAGAGAGACCCUAUGCCUGCACUGAGUGUGGAAAGCAAUUUAUGGAUUCGUCAACAUUUCGUAGACAUCAGGCAAUCCACUCAGAAAAGAGACCCCAUCGCUGUAACCAGUGUGGGAAAGGCUUCAAACAUACAUCAAAUCUUACUAGGCACCAGAAAAUCCACAGCGGAGAGAAACGCUUCUUGUGCCACGAGUGUGGGAAAAAGUUCUGCCAACGAGAACAUCUGAUCAGACAUCAGAUGAUCCACACUGGGGAGCAGCCCCAUUGCUGUGCUAAGUGUGGGAAAAAAUUCAGUCUCCUUCAAAGUCUCAAGAGGCACCAGGAAACCCAUAGUACAGAGAGACUCCAUCGCUGUGCUGAGUGUGGGAAAAUAUUCCGUCAUCCAGAAAAUCUCUCUAGACACAAGAGAGUCCACACUGGGAAACUCCAUCGCUGCACUGACUGCGGAAAAGGCUUUGUCUAUAUACAUCAUUUCAAGAGCCAUCAGAGAAUCCACACUGGAGAGAAACCCUAUAGCUGCUCUGAGUGUGGGAAAAGUUUCACCCAAUCCUCAGGCCUCACCAACCACCUGAUAAUCCAUUCAGGAGAGCGACCCUAUCCCUGCACUCAGUGUGGGAAGUGCUUUGCUCACUCGUCAUCUCUUACUGAACAUCUGAAAAUCCAUUCAGGAGAGCGACCAUAUUCCUGCAUUCAGUGUGGGAAGCACUUUGCUCGCUCAUCAUCUCUUACUCAGCAUCAGAGAACCCACCCAGGAGAGCAACCAUAUUCCUGCGCUCAGUGUGGGAAGCGCUUUGCUCGCUUAUCACGUCUUACUAAACACCAGAGCACCCACUGUUCUUGAUGGAGGGAACCUCUUCAUUCUGUCACUUCACCCUGUUCUCAAAGUCUGUAAGAGAGGGAGAACUUGCUCCCACUCUGAAAUGUUCCCACCUCUUCCCUAAGCAGACACGAGUUUAGCUUCCGGGUUUGUUAAAAUUAUUUUGUGUAGUCCUGGAGAUGGGAGCAUUUAACCCUAGAGGUACCAAAACAUUCCAUUGUGGGCAUUAUGGGCUGCAGCUGGGACAGAGAUGAUUGGUGUCAGGACUGCACUUUGGAGGCCACAAAUCAAUCAAACUCCCACA